AUGGCUUAUUUGUCAGAUUCCAACAUAAGCAUGGCAGUGAAGGCGUUGAAGCUGCUAUUUUUUUCAGCAGGUUUGCUUUCCACUGCGGUGAUGGUGAAAGAGGCAUUUGUGCCCUUUUUGUGUGAGAUUUUUUUCCCCAAUCUCGUAGCGUUUUGGAAUUCAUUUAGGUGUUUCUUGUCUUCCCCUCUCUACAUCUGCAUCAUCAUCAACUCCGUGGUGCUGCUCAUCGCCGCCACCUCGAGCUCCCACCGCCACGACGACGACCCUCCGCCGCCGCCGGAGGCAACGACAUUAUGCAGUGAUGAGCAAACUUUGUACCAUGGUAGUGUUAUUGGUGAUGAUUGUGCACCACUAGCUACUAGUGACGUUAAUGAUGAUGUCGUUGAUGAUGUCGUCGAGAUCGAGGCACCAGAGUCUCUCUCUGAUCAUAUCUCUGAUUAUGAUCAUGAGAGAGAUAUUGAGAAACGUGACACGGUGGACUCGAACUCAGAACCAUCUCUCUCUAGGGGUGAUCACGAGAGAGAAGCUGAGGGGGAUGACACGAUGGACUCCACGUGGCAGACGAUAGUCGAGGGCCGGUCAAAGAAGUUGACCAAGAGCGAGUCCGUGCCACCGAGAAGUAGGGUAGAAGAGCACCAGCAUCGGAAGGAGCUCCGGAAGCUCGAGACGUUCAACGACGGGGCGUCGAUAAGGCGGCUAGGCGGCCUCAGGCGGGACCCGUCGCUCGACGUCGACGAGUUCAACCGGCAAGUUGAAGCCUUCAUCAACAAGUUCAAUCGGGACAUGAGGCUGCAAAGACAAGAGUCGGAUCAAAGGUUUUUAGAUAUGAUCAAGCGAGGACUCUAA